CCAGAGUUCCAUUAGCAGACAUGUGGAAUGUGUCGAAAAGUUGCCAGAAAUUACGCAAGGAGACAACGCUUGGAUUCGCUGCCAUGAAUAAAAAACUGUCGAUUAUAAACGACCAGGAUCUGCAUAGGCUGGACUCAUUCUACUUGGAGUGCCAGAAGUACAGGGACUAUUACCGGGACCCCCAGAACAAAUUGAUACGUCCAAAGAUCUUCACAUCCACGGGAAGACGCGGUGUAAAAAAUGAUAUGACGAAUAUGCCGAUCACAUGGGUUCAGGACGAUAAUAGGCCGCAGAUGUUUCCCAUUGAAUAUGGCACGGACAUGAGUUUGGGCAAGGGCUUCCAGACGGUGGGGCGCAACAGCAGAUUCACUGACACGUCCUUCGUACGAUAAAGCAGCCGCCACAUACACACAAACUUGUGAGAAUACAUGCAUGCAGACAAUCAGUGGAGUCAAAGGCUAAUGACGAACUUGCAAUCAAAAUUGUACAUAGUUGUGCAAAUAAAACAAAAUCCUAUGUUG